AUGACCAAACGCACCAAGAAGGUCGGAGUUACCGGCAAGUACGGUACUAGAUACGGUGCUUCCCUCCGUAAGCAGGUCAAGAAGAUGGAAAUCACACAGCACGCCAGAUACGUCUGCACGUUCUGCGGAAAGACCACUGUUAGACGCCACUCUGUCGGAAUCUGGGACUGCAAGUCGUGCAAGAAGACCGUCGCCGGAGGCGCUUACGUCGUUUCCACCCCAGCCGCCGCUGCCAUGCGUUCCACGCUCCGCCGUCUGAGGGAAAUUGCUGAGGUUUAG